UGCUAAGAACUAUGUGCUUUGAGAACCUCUGUUCAACCGUGCAGCUGAAUGGAUGGCAGGCUCUGCUGGAUGAUAACUGUGAGUUAGGACAAGAUCAUUGGGAAAGAGCUCAUUUACGUUCCUUGUGGCUCUAUAGAGCGGUAGUGAAGGGAGACUCCAGAGGGCUUCGAACCCUCCUUAAAAGGAACUAUAUUGAUGUUGAUGUGUUUUACAAUGUGAGCCGGGAGGAACUCGAGUGGAAAUCUCAGACAGAAACCACAUUUGGACCCUCAGGUCUUUGGUCUUUGGAGUACAAAAGAGAACUGACAAGCCCACUGUGUAUUGCUGCUGCACAAGGUUUCACCGAAUGUCUACAGUAUUUACUGGAGCAUGGCGCACACCCCAACCUUCUCGCGGGAGGAAAAGCGGCACUUCAUGAGGCCUGUGUAAACGCCAACACUGAAUGUGUAGAGCUGCUGCUGGAACAUGGAGCUAAUCCUAACCAGAUUACAGAGGAGGGACUGACUGCCUUACAUCUCUGCACAACACCACAAUCACUACGCUGUGCAAAAGCCUUGGUGAGAUAUGGCGCCAAGGUGAACGUUCCCAGUGAGGAAGAGGAAGAAACGCCAUUGCAUGUGGCAGCUAGACAUGGUCUGCCCCACCAUGCGCAGCUGUACCUACGUUUUGGAACCUGUGUAAACCAUAGCAGCUCUUCAGGUGAAACACCACUGGGGGUGGUGUGUGGAGUCGCACCAGAAACGACAGCCAACAGCGAAGAUGAACGAUACCUCGAGCUCUGUCAUCUCCUCCUGGCCUAUGGAGCAAACAUUAAUUUAGCUGAUAAAGAGCGCCGCAGUCCUCUACACAAGGCAGCCCACAACGUUCAGCAUAAGAUGGUGGACCUUCUUUUGAAUCAUGGGGCUGAUAUCAAUGCCAUUGACUACAACGGAUGUUCACCGCUAUCUAGAGUUCUACAGUGCUCUGUGGUUCGGCAAAAAUGGGAACCUCACAUGGUUGUUCAGACCUUGUUAAAUCGCGGCUCCAUUAAAGUCUGGCCACAAGCACUUCUGAAGGUAUUGACAGCCUGUGCAGGGGCACCUAAAACUGUGGAAAUCCUGUUUAACUCAUACACAUUUGUUCCUGUAACCUACAAAUGGGUGGAGGCCAUACCUGAGGAUAUCUUUCAUCUUCACCAACCCUUUUAUGAGUCUCUUUUUGCUCUGGAGUAUAGACCACGUAGUUUACAGCAUCUGUGUCGGUCUGCGCUGAGGAAACAGUUUGGGAAAAAUUGCUACUCACUCAUUCCCAGUCUCCCUGUGCCAAAGCCACUACAGCAGUAUCUUCUUCUGGAACCUGAAGGGUACUUCGACUAGAACCAGACCUUUUGGCAAAUAAAAACAGAUUACUUCUGAAGGCUUUUUUAGCGUUAUAAAUUAAGUAGUCUGACAAAGCCGACUUCCUUACAUUUCACAAGCAGUGAUAUUUUUAGAGAGGGUUUUUUUUUUUCACCUGUUUCACCUAUUUCACCUGUCAUACAGUAUAUAGACUGAUAUUUUAGUGUAAUUAGGGUGAAUUGCCCUAAAGUGGUAAAAUGUCAUCAUAUACAGUAUGAGGGUAAAGUAAUCAGCAAACAAGAAACACCUUGUGUGAAGACCACCCAAAGGUCAGUGACAUAGCAAAUUUUUGGUCUAAUGUGCUUAAAUGUUUGUCCAUUGAAAAAAAAAUGUAUAACUUUGUAUGUAUAAACUAUGUUACCAAAUUUCCUAGUGUCCCACUUUAAGAAAUGUGGUGUUGCAAAAUGGGACAGUAUGAUUAGCCAAAUGUGGGACCAUACUUCUGUCAGUCAAAAAUGUGUGGUGGGGCAUGGUUUGUGGGAUAAAAAUGGUUAUUUACAGGCUUUUAGUGUUGUGGAAUUCUGAGUAAAGGUUGAAUAGCCUGAAGUUUGAUCAGUCUGGGGUUUUUUUUGUUUGUUUUUGCAAGUUGCCAGAUUUUAUAUUUUCAAAUAUCCCUAUGCCUGUUGUGAUAGUUAGUAUGUACUUGUUAAGUAAAAUUAACUAGAGAACAGUCAGGAAUUCUGACUGCAUUUUCUGUUACAUAGGCCUAUAAUAGUGCUUAAUGUUGUUCAGUAGUCCAUGUUUCAUCCAUCCAUAACCAAGAGAACUACUAACUUAAGAAGAUUUUCCUAUUCUACAUGGAUCAAGGUGAUUGUGGCCUUAUAUCAUAGACUUUUCAGUGUCCCACAUUAGAUACACAACAUUAAUGGUCUUAGUGUAAGUCGUCUGAGACUGUCAUUUCUUUUAUGAAUGUGUAAUCUGAAUUAUCUCUUUUGAUUUGAUUAGGACACAUUCUGGGAAUUUUAAAAUGGUAUUGGGUGUGUGUAUUUAAUGUUUUGUCUACACAUUGCAAUAUGUCAAAAAAGUCUGAAAUGCCAAAAAUGCCCCAUGUUAGGGCAAUUCACCCUAGCUUUACAAUACAAUUUUAUUGUUUGAAUGGCAGUGUUAUGUGUAUGCUAUGAAUUCUUAUUUAGUUCUAAUUUCUAUAAAUAUGUAGUUAAAGCUCA